AAACAAUUAUAUACUUAGGUGUAGUGAACAGCCUUAAUCGUGAUGUGGGCAAAUAUUUUCAUCAAAAAUAAAUACGAUUACAUGAAAACACAGACAGAGACAAUUGAAGCAUGAUUGAAAAUUUAGACGCAACGAAAGGUUAUUAAGGUUAAAAAUGUUUAACCUUUGCCAGUUGGGAUUCUCAUCAUUUAUAAUUUUAUCGCGUGGAGAAAUUAGUUAGAAAGUAAAUGUGAUUGAUUAUAUGGCCGCUUAUCAAUAGGAACGAGAGUUAAGGGAUUAAUAAUAGUUCGUGAAUUGAAAAAUUUGUCUGUUUUUCUUUUUUUUUUUCUCGAUGAAAAUAAAGAAAUAAUCGUUUUCUUUCAUAUUUUUCUAAAGAGUAAAAAGUAUUUCUUCAUGUGCGCUUAUCGUUUCCUUUAGUUGCGCAUCAUUCGUAGUAUAGUUUAUAUAGAUAUAUGCGUGUUAUGUGCACGCGCAAGUGUACUCUGUAAUACAUAUUUCUUCGAUUUGUAAAAGGGGAGUUUUGUACGACGAACUGCGCAGUGGAGGUGUUAUAGCGAGGUGUAAAAACAGGAGGGGAAGAGCUCUCGCCUCCGUUUAGCGCGAGGUAAACGCCGGUAAUGAGUGUUUAUAUUGGAACGGCGAUAACGACAUCGACGACGACAACUACGACAAUAACAACGGCGACGGGAACGGCGAGUACAGUGAUAGGACCGACAGUAACGACGCUGACGACGACGACGGCGGUGGCGGCGGCAGCGACGACAACAACGACGACGACGACAACGGCGACGGCGACGGCGACGGCGACGACAACGACGACGACGACGACGGCAUCGGCGACGGCGACGGCGACGGCGACGGCGUCGGCGGUUGUCGCGACGCCAGACACCGCGACCGGUUGGAUUGAAUUCUGUGAGCGACACGCCCGUGCCUCGGCCUCCGAUUUUGCCAAGGCUUUUUGCACUUAUGUCAGCCUAAAUCUACCUGAAAGUGCCAGAUCCACUUUAUCUCAUCGUGACUUUCUCAGAAAAUUUGUUGAAAGUUUCUGCGAGCACUUUGAGAGCGAGUACUUGCGUCGAACUGUUAGAUCACUAACUGCAUAUGAUGUUCGACAAACAGCAUUCACCGAAAGGGAUACAAAUACUAUAUCACAAAAUAACAAUGCACCAAUUCGUGCUUCAUCACAUGAAGAAUUUAGUGAUUACUCUGAACAUGAUGGUGAAACAGUAUCACCAAAACCUGUUCACAAACCUUUCUUUCGUAGAUUAUCAUUUAAAGGACUUAAGAAAGGAAAGAGUUUCUUUCAUAAACAACAAAGUGAUGAAGUAGAAUUAUCUCAUAGUGAACACCGUAGAGAUAAACAUUCGAAAACUAAACUUUCUAAAAUUGUUGUGGAAUGUAGAAAAGAGGGUAUUGUUAAUUCUUUGAUGGGGGAAAAUAUAGAUGGAACUCAAAAAUGGGAAAAAUCUAGAUUGGCAUUGAUAAAAGCCAUCGGAGGUUAUAUGUUGGAAUUUUAUUCUCCUCCAAAGGCAGUAAAACCACGUAGUGGUGUUUUUUGUUCUGCAAUAACAGAAGCUAGAGAAACUACAGCUCUUGAAAUGCCAGAUCAUGAAAACACAUUUGUGUUGAAAACACAAAAUAUGGAAUUUGUAAUAGAAGCACAUGAUUCAAAUGAUAUGAGGUCUUGGCUUGCUACUAUUAAAUAUUGCAUGCGUACUGUACAGCAAAAUUCUACUACACCUGUUUCUGGUACACGAGAUUCAAUUGCAGAUUCAUUGGGACAUGCUCCGCUUGGAAUUAGUAACGAGGGUGAUAGACUAAGGGCCAAUUCGGCAAGUAAAGGUUCUCGAUUAACAUCUCAUGAGCAUACAGAGGAAGCAUUAUCUAAUCCACCAGAAUUGCCUCCAAGGUUGCGUAUGCGAAGUAGUAGUAAUUUAGAACUAUGUUCGUCGCAACAAGAAAUUGAGCAAUCUGCAAAUGAUGGUGAGCUAGAUUUAUCAAGUAGUUUACGAGAGUAUCCUUGGUUUCAUGGUACAUUACCACGUUCAGAUGCAGCACAGCUUGUCUUGCAUAGUUCUGCUAAUGGCCAUGGUGUCUUUCUUGUUCGGCAAAGUGAAACACGAAAAGGAGAAUUUGUAUUAACAUUUAACUUUCAGGGAAGAGCAAAGCAUUUACGGAUGACACUGAACGAUCAAGGCCAUUGUCGUGUCCAACAUCUUUGUUUUCCGGCGAUAUAUGAUAUGUUAGAACAUUUUCGUCAGAAUGCCAUACCUCUUGAAUCUGGUGGAACUGCCGAUGUUACUCUAACAGAAUUUGUGGUGGCUAAUCCUGCUUAUCGAAUGACACAUCACCAUAUGAUAGGCGUAAUGCAACAGUCGCAAGAAAGGAGACCUCCAGUAGCUCCAGAGCCCAGAGAAGUACACACAUAUGGAGGUUCUAUAAGAACACGCACUGACUCCUUGGAAAGACUGGAACAACAACAAAAUAACAUUGCAGAGCAACAAGGUUCAACAUCAACCUCUGGAAGAGCUAUUUACAAUACGUAUAGUUUUCUCUGACGAUGGAUUCGUUAUAAUUUCUAUCAUUAGAACAAUAUUCGUUUUGUUUUUCAGAUUAAGUUGCAUCAAUAACAUGAACUAAGGAAAUCUCCUAUAAGUAACUUCUGAAACAUAUGUUCUAUAUUAAAAUAUUUUGAACAAGUA